AGUUAAUUCAACACUGUACAUAUGCAUUCAGCACUGGAAAUGUACUAUUUUUUGUAUUUUGUUUAUUAUUUAUUCAAGUUAAGUGUUUGAUUUGUUGUGCAUACUGAAAUGCUUUUCUGUUCACCGCGGUUGUAAAGAGUCGUUAUUUGACUUACUGUAGCCUUCCUGUCAGUUUGAACCAAUCUGGUCAUUCUCCUAUAAUCUCUCUCAUCGACAAGGCGUAGGGAAGCAUAUCUGUCUGUUGAUGUAUAUAGCUAUUGUUUCAUUUUGAGGGCAUUUUAAGAGAGGCCCGGGCUUCCCAUGUAUAGUCUGUGGUGUGCAGUUGUUUCAUAAAGCCUAUAUGCUAUUAUAUGCAUUAUGUAUAUUAUGUGUAUUUUAUGUAUUUUGUGUUUGUAUGCGCAAUUCUUCCAUUGUGCUUUUGACUUCCCAUUGUUUUGGCAAACCUCUACUCUGCACUUUUCCUCCUGGUCUCAAAGAGACCAAAAAUUAUUUUUAUUCAUUUUAUUUCACGCCUUGUUUCAAAUAAUCAUUAAAAAAAGGUAAUGUCACAUUUGAGAAAACGCCAUGUCGCUGAUUCGAUGUUACCCCUUCUUUCCUAACCUCCCUGAUGCUGCAGAUGUUGGCAGGAGGCCCAAGUGCAGACGCAUACGCACCACCUUCACGCACACGCAGCUUCUGCAACUGGAGCGCGUGUUUGCUGAGACUCAGUACCCUGACAUCUGCAUGCGCGAGGAGCUCGCCCGCAGGAUCGACCUAGCCGAGGCUCGCAUCCAGGUUUGGUUUCAGAACAGGCGUGCUAAAGUGCGCAGGCAAGAUCGCGCAGCCAGUGGGACUCGAGCACCAACUAAAGAAGAGAAAAAUCUGGUGGAAAGGUCCAAUUCACAUGCUUCAUCAUCAUUAGUGAAGCUUGGCGAGUUCUGCUCAACCACUGAAGCCACAUGUAGUCCUCUACCGAAAAGCAAUGGAUGGCAUGUGGAAAAGUUUUCGCUCUAAGGUUGUUCACAACCCAACCCACUCACGUAGCUUAUGUACCCCUCUUUAUUUGUGUAUUAUUGGUUCCUGGAACAAUUUCUUUGACAUGAUCUAUAAAUAGUUCAUCUACCUCUUUAAA